AUUUACCCUCUCACACGAUACAAACAAUUAGUUCAGUGUACUUGGAUUUUUUCCCUUUACAGUAACGCACAUCAAACAACGUCCCUUCUCUUCUCUUCCCUUCUUCCCUCGUCUCUACUCUACUCUACACUGUAGCUUCCCUUCUUCUCUCUCUCUAAAAGUACACCCCAUUUAUCUAUACUUUUUUUUCAAUCCAUAGUCCUACACCUUAUCACAAUUCACAACAAAUAACUACAAACUUUUUUUUACACCAUACACCUUUUUUUCUUUUUUUGAAGUUCUUUAUAUCUCAAAACCUCUGGUUCUGAUUCUCCACCAUGAACCAAUAACUACAACCUCGUACUUGUCGUUUGUGUUUGUGUUUGUGUUUGUCUUGUUACAUGGCGUACCAUAACCACCACAACCUUUCACAACAAGACCUUCCUCCACUCCACCAUUUCCCGAACCAAUCCAUGUUACCAGACCAACAACUACUUCCGUCCUCACCCGAACCUAACUCCAAACCUCCCUCCGAUCCACACCCUCUCCAAACCGCGCCGAAUUGGCUCAACGACGCGCUCCUCCGCACUCACUACACCGACACCACUAACACCGCCACCGUCGCCACCAACAGCAACGUUAACGUUAAGGUUAACGGUUCUAAUUUCCUGAAACUGAACCCCGGCGCCUCCGACGCGCAGUGGCUGGCGCGGCCGGCGCUCCACCGCCACCCCGGCGAGGUCAUCGAUGACGGCGCCGGGGAGUCCAUGGUGGAGCACGCCGAUUUGAAGGACGGCGGCGGAGACGCCGUGAGCUGGCAGAUUGGGCGGUGUAAGACGGAGAUUCUGCAGCACCCGCUGUACGAGCAGCUGCUGUCGGCGCACGUGGCGUGCCUCCGGAUCGCCACGCCGGUGGACCAGCUGCCGAGGAUCGACGCGCAGCUGGCGCAGUCGCAGAAUGUGGUCGCGAAAUACGCAGCGUUCGGACACAACAACAUCGUCGCCGAUGACAAAGAACUCGACCAGUUCAUGUCGCACUAUGUUUUGUUGCUCUGUUCCUUCAAAGAACAAUUGCAACAGCAUGUCCGGGUCCAUGCAAUGGAAGCAGUAAUGGCUUGUUGGGAGUUAGAGCAAUCAUUGCAGAGUCUAACAGGAGUUUCACCUGGAGAAGGUACAGGGGCAACAAUGUCUGAUGAUGAGAAUGACCAAGUAGAUAGUGAUGCCAAUCUCUUCGAUUGUAGUUUUGAUGGGGCAGAUAGCAUGGGGUUUGGUCCUCUUGUUCCUACAGAGAGCGAGAGGUCCCUCAUGGAGCGAGUAAGACAAGAAUUAAAGCAUGAACUGAAACAGGGUUAUAAGGAGAAAAUUGUUGACAUAAGAGAGGAAAUUUUGCGCAAGAGAAGAGCAGGGAAACUUCCUGGUGACACAACUUCUGUUCUUAAAGCUUGGUGGCAAUCACAUUCCAAGUGGCCUUACCCUACCGAAGAGGAUAAGGCAAGGUUGGUGCAAGAAACUGGGUUGCAAUUAAAGCAGAUUAAUAACUGGUUUAUCAAUCAAAGGAAGAGGAAUUGGCACAGCAAUCCUUCAACUUCUACUGCCUUGAAGAGCAAGCGCAAAAGAAGCAAUGCAGGUGAUAACUGAUGAUCGUUGCAUGAAAUUCAACUCUUUGUCCUUUGGUCAAUCAUGGAAAGACAAUGAGAAAGAACCACAUUUUGUUUCUGAUGGGCCAGGGUUAAAGCAGAUCAAGGAGCUAAUAUUGGUUUACUUAUGCUUAAAGGCCAGCAAAUAGUUCAUAUAGUACUUGUGAUGCUACAUAAUUAGGAAGUUCAAUUAAGAAUCAUAUACCAACAGAGAAUUAUGAUUUUUGUUCAUGUUUUAUUGCUUUGUGAAAUAUAGUAUAUGGUAGCGAAGGGGGUUAUGGGUGUACAGUAAUAAGCUGUGCAUUUUUUUUCCCUUACAAUCAUACUCUUGUUUUUGUUCUUGGUCUUUCAAUUGGUAUUUGGUAAUGUAGAGAGUAAUUUGUUGUAGAAAUAUGGUAUAAGUUUUUACUUGUUAUAUAAUUUAAAUGCUCGUUGUCAUGGUGCUACAAAUCGUAAACACUUUUAACUGUUGUCUGUUGGAAGGUAUAAUAAUAGUGUGGUGGGUUCUUGUGAUUUGACA